AUGUCAAACUUGACAAAGCUGGAAUUCGUGGCUUUGGAUAUUUCUGGCAAAAAUUAUUUAUCUUGGAUUUUGGAUGCUCAGAUCUAUUUAGAUGUCAUGGGCCUUGGAAACACAAUUAAAGAAAAGAAUGAUGCAUUAUUACAAGAUAAAACGAAGGCCAUGAUUUUCCUUCGGCGCCAUAUUAGCGAGGAGCUAAAAAUUGAAUACCUCACUGAAAGAGAUUCACUGUGUGUGUGGAAUAAUUUGAAAGAAAGAUAUGAUCAUCAAAAAACAGUUAUCCUCCUAAAGGCUCGGGCUGAUUGGCAGCAACUGCGGUUGCAAGAUUUUAAAACUGUGGUUGAAUAUAACUUUGACAUAUUUAAAAUUAGCUCUACAUUGAAAUUAUGUGGUGAUACAAUUACUGAUGAACUUUUGCUGGAAAAAAUAUUCACCAUAUUUCACGCCCCGAAUGUGCUCUUACAACAACAAUAUCGAGAGCGUAGAUUUAAAAAAUAUUCAGAGUUGAUAUCAUGUUUACUUGUGGCAGAACAAAAUAAUGAGCUUUUAUUAAGAAACCACCAGUCUCGUCCAACUGGAUCGACACCGAUCCUUGAAACAUAUGUUGCCUCAUCAUGUGGUCGUGGACACGGACGUGGUCGUGGUGGUAGAAAUGGCUAUAAUAGUGAAUAUGGUCGUGGUAAAAAUAAUAAGCACAAUAAUGAAUAUGGUCGUGGUAGAAAUCAUUCUUAUUACCGUGAAGGAUGUCAAUCCUUACAUUCUCGCAAUCAGAGAUCCACACCAUAUCCCCAAAAGAGAGAUUAUAAUGAAAUGAAACAAGUAAAAGGGAAUGAUGUGGCUCAACCUUCCAAAGCACAUGAUAAUACUUAUUAUCAAUGUGGAAUGACAGGGCAUUGGCAAAGCAUUUGUCAUACACCUAAGCAUCUGAUUGAACUUUACCAAGUCUCAAUGAAAAAAAAGGGGAAACAAAAGGAAAUGAAUUUUAUUGAUCAUGAUGAACCAGUUGACAUCACAAAUCUGGAAAUGAAUUUCAUUAAUCAUGAUGAGCCAGCUGGCAUCACAAAUCUGAAUAUAUCAGAUUUUUUUGAGGACCGUGAUGGAAAGAUUGACUCCUGA